UUCAGUCGUGAAGCGGAUUGAACGGGCAGCGCUGUCUCUGUGGCGCAGGAGUAUGCGGGCAGGAACAUAACGGCUGCGGUAGUCAACUGAAAACACGUUUAAACACACACCGGGAGCGGCUCCGGAGAGAGGAACCCUGAACACGGACAGCCGAGGGGAGUUUACAGCGGUUAAGAAGCGGAGGGAGACUCGGGAGAGCGUCAGGAGGCGGUGGAGGCAGAGGAGAAGUGGGGGGAACGGACGCUCUCUAACGAACCCGACCGACAUCGCACGCAGAAAUGGCGGAGCACCACGCAGUCAGCGACGGCAAGCACAAGGCGUCCGGCAAUUCUGGGAGCUCGGUGCACGGAAACAGCCGACCUGGCGCCGGCGGUGGAGGAGGAGCAGGGGGCAAAGGAGGCCUCUCUGGCGGACUGACACAACCGGCCGGGUGGCAGUCUCUACUCUCCUUCAGCAUUCUUUUUCUGGCCUGCCUGGCGGGAUUCAGCUCCAGACUUUUCGCUGUGAUCCGGUUCGAGAGCAUCAUCCACGAGUUUGAUCCAUGGUUCAACUACAGAUCAACUCACCAUCUCACCACCAAUGGCUUCUAUGAGUUCCUCAACUGGUUUGACGAAAGGGCCUGGUACCCCCUGGGCAGGAUUGUUGGUGGAACAGUCUACCCAGGGCUCAUGGUGACCGCCGGCCUUAUCCAUUACAUUCUCAACCUGCUUCACGUCACGGUGCACAUCCGGGAUGUGUGCGUGUUCCUGGCGCCGGUGUUCAGCGGCCUGACGGCCAUCUCCACCUUCCUGCUGACGCGAGAGCUGUGGAACCAGGGCGCAGGGCUGCUGGCAGCCUGCUUCAUCGCCAUCGUCCCGGGCUACAUCUCCCGCUCUGUGGCCGGCUCCUUCGACAACGAAGGCAUCGCCAUCUUUGCACUGCAGUUCACCUACUAUCUUUGGGUGAAAUCUGUGAAGACGGGCUCAGUGUUCUGGACCAUUGGCUGUUGUCUUUCCUACUUCUACAUGGUGUCAGCAUGGGGAGGUUACGUGUUUAUUAUCAACCUGAUUCCUCUACAUGUCUUCGCACUGCUGCUGAUGCAACGCUACAGCAGAAGAGUCUACAUUGCCUACAGCACUUUUUACAUCGUGGGGCUCAUACUGUCAAUGCAGGUCCCUUUUGUCGGCUUUCAGCCAAUCAGGACCAGCGAACACAUGGCUGCUGCAGGUGUGUUUGCUCUUCUGCAAGCCUACGCCUUCCUGCAGUACCUGAAGGACAGACUCACCCGGCAGGAGUUUCAGACACUGUUCUUCCUGGGGAUCUCUCUCGCCGCCUGCAUUGUCUUCCUCACAGUCAUCUAUCUCACCUACACAGGAUACAUUGCUCCAUGGAGCGGUCGCUUCUACUCACUCUGGGACACCGGUUACGCUAAGAUCCACAUCCCCAUCAUUGCAUCGGUGUCGGAGCACCAGCCCACCACGUGGGUGUCCUUCUUCUUUGAUCUGCACAUCCUGGUCUGCACCUUCCCAGCAGGCCUUUGGUUUUGCAUCAAGAACAUCAAUGAUGAACGCGUGUUCGUGGCCCUAUACGCCAUCAGUGCAGUGUACUUUGCUGGAGUAAUGGUGAGGCUCAUGCUGACAUUGACUCCGGUGGUGUGCAUGCUGUCUGCUGUGGCGUUCUCCAGCGUCUUUGAGCAUUACAUGGGAGACGACACCAAGAGGGAGAAGCCGCCUGCUGAAGAUAGCAGCGACGAGGACGACAAGAGGAACUCUGGGAAUCUUUAUGACAAGGCGGGCAAGGUGCGCAAGCAUGUGUCUGAGCAGGAGAAGGCAGAGGAAGGUCUGGGUCCCAACAUCAAGUCCAUCGUCACCAUGCUCAUGCUGAUGCUGCUCAUGAUGUUCGCCGUCCACUGCACCUGGGUGACCAGCAAUGCCUACUCCAGUCCCAGCGUGGUGCUGGCGUCAUACAACCAUGACGGGACUCGUAAUAUUCUUGACGACUUCCGAGAGGCUUAUUAUUGGUUGAGACAGAAUACAGACGAGCACGCGCGCGUGAUGUCAUGGUGGGACUACGGAUACCAGAUAGCUGGCAUGGCCAACAGAACCACACUUGUUGAUAACAACACAUGGAACAACAGUCAUAUAGCUCUGGUGGGGAAAGCCAUGUCGUCCAAUGAGAGCGCGGCCUACGAGAUUAUGAGGUCACUGGAUGUGGAUUACGUGCUGAUCAUAUUCGGAGGAGUAAUCGGCUACUCCGGCGACGAUAUAAACAAGUUCCUGUGGAUGGUGAGGAUCGCUGAAGGGGAGCACCCCAAAGACAUCAGGGAGAGCGACUACUUCACUCCGCAGGGAGAGUUCAGAGUGGACAAAGCCGGUUCACCGACUCUGCUCAACUGCCUCAUGUACAAGAUGUCGUAUUAUCGAUUUGGGGAGAUGCAGCUGGAUUUCAGAACUCCGCCUGGCUUCGACCGGACGCGCAACGCCGAGAUCGGCAACAAGGACAUCAAGUUCAAGCACCUGGAGGAGGCGUUUACCUCCGAGCACUGGCUCGUCAGGAUCUACAAGGUGAAGAAGCUGGAGAACAGAGAGGCUCUGGACCACAAGCUCCGCAGCGUGGUGUCCAAGCAGAAGUACACCUCCAAGAAGACUGCCAAGAGGAAGCGAGGACACAUCAAGAACAAACUCGUCCUGAAGAAGGGCAAGAAACUCCCCAAAAAAUAAAGAUGGCUCUGAUCUCACACGAACGUAAAGAAACCUCCAACCACCAAUGAAGAAGAACACCAGGGCGGCUGUGUGCCUGGCAGUUGGUCGGGAGCGCCCUCAUUUAUCGAGGAAGCGUCACAUCUGGCCUAGCCGGAAUCGUCGUUUGUUUUAUCCUGAGGACAUCUGUCUUGCUUUUUUUGUUUUUUGUUUUGUUUUUCUACUUUUUACUUGAAUGUGGCGAGGCAUAGGGCUGCUCUAAUUGAUUAAACUUUGAUUCAUUUUUAUUUUUUUACAUUUUUGUGUGUGUGUGUGUGUGUGUUGGGGGGUUGUUACUGACCUGAUUAUCAGUCAGGAGAUCUGCUGAUCCGUGGAAUGAGGAACGUUUGCACCAAAGACCCAUCGACCUCGCUCCGCAGCACAUGGGGACUCAUUGCUAAGAGCGAGGGAACGCCGGAGGGAGAGCAGAGGACUUUGUUCCUGACGCGUGUACAGAGGACAGUAUGCGGUAUGGAGGAACGUCACCAUCCACAUGCAGAACAUCUGCAAUAUUAACCUUUUUACCAUCCUCAUCUCCUUAACAUCUGCCUGCCUCUGACUUUUGGUUUCCAACAAAUUCUAUAAGAAAUUGGCCUAAAGUGUAAAUAUGUUCUGUAAAGACAAAAAAAAUCUCUAAAUUGAUGGUAAUAUAUUGGAUCAUUGUGAUUUUUAAAUGCGCAGUUCUUGGGUUUUCCUCUUGGUUUUGUUUUUUGUUUUUUAUAUGACAGCAACUAGAACAGUGAAUGCAAUAACUACACAGAGGGGCUUCAGAUUUCACUGAAAGAAUUUGAAUGUGAAUUUUUUUACAUCUCCCCCUUUUUUUCGUAAAUUGCAUUGAUUGUAUAUUUCUGCUGCUACGCUUUUUAAAAACAAGCAAGUGAGCUGUAGAGAAAAAAGUAUAUUGCAAAUUGGGGCUAUAGGGGGCGCUCUUGAUUGAGCAAAGCCGAGUUAUAUUGCAGAAUUUUACCUUGUUGCAGUUCACAUUUUUUGGAUUCUUCCUUUUUACUUUGGCUUGUCAUGCAACUGCUGCUGACCACACAUGGUGAUUAGACUUUUCUGUUUGUUUUUGCUUUUAAAUUUUGAUUUGAAAAUCAACAAAAAUGUGAAGGAGGGUUUUUGUGUAGCCUUGGUAAAGAGGACGACUGUCAGGAGCAACAUCGGUUGUAGCGGGAAGAUAAAUUACCAAAUGUAAGGAGCUGUGUCCUUAUCAUACCUGCUGCUCUCGGCGGACAUGUGAGGAAACUUUGAACCUGGUUACUGAUCUGUUGCUUUAUCAAAACGUACCAUUAAAACAAACUGAAACCUCAAAAAUUCAUAACUUACAAGAAGAAAAGUAGCUUGAAUGAUGUUGAGGCUGUUAGCUCAGGAUUGUUCCGAUGAAACUCAAAACUAUUAAGGUUUCUUCCCGCCAAGCAUAUGACACAAAAUAAAACUAAAAACGGAGGAUCAAUUUUGACUAAAAUAAUUAGAGAUGUUUUCCAUUGAAUUCUUCAUGCCCUGAUUAUUCAGUGGAAAUGUUUUUCUUGCCAUCACAGAUAUUCAACUCACGUUUUUUUUUUUUGUAUGAGUCUCACUUUUUUCCAUGUAAUUAUUCCAUAUUUUACUGCGUUACAGUAGCUUUGGAGCUCUGUUUGUCCUCUGGUUACUUUCUCCAAAUAAAUGUUUGUCCCUGAAAUACGUCACCUCAACCUGAUCCUUCUCAUGUGCUGAAAGAAGGGAUGUUAUACUAAUACACAGUGUGCCGAGCACGCACCUUCAUUUGGCUCAGACACAGAGGAAAUACAAUUGCAGUAAAGAGUAAUUAUAGUGGCUUAAAAUGCAAGAUGAUCUUUUGCUAAAUUUGCAGUGCUGGCAGCGAACGUUCAAAAAGUAAAAACGGCUGGAAACCGUGUAGCUGAUUAACGUUUUGCCAACAAACUGCUGGCAAAAAGCUGUUUUUGUCAGCUGGUGUGGUCAACUGACUGGUUUGGCUUUUGAUUCCAUGAACUGUUGUCUUUCAUUAGUACUUGGUUUACUUUCCCAGAACUUAAAAUAUUUAAAGCAUAGAAACAAAUUUUGUUAAAUCUUUUCUCUUCACAGGUUUACUUCCUCGGUCUUUGUAGCGAACGUUCUCACAGUGCCACACAUCAGUUCUCCGUAUAUUGUGCUACACACCGCUACCCAUACUCUGUUAUUUUAGGUUUGCAGGUCUGCCAUGCUCUUUUUAUUUUCCCAAGCUUUUUUGUUCUAUAAGAAUUCACAUGGAGGAAUUUCUGGAUUUUGUUGGUGUAAAAAAGCACAUUUCUUUUUUUUUUUUCUUUUUUUGUGGUGAAACCUUUAAAAAUGAUAAAAUUCUGUUUCCCAUCUAUUUAAAAAUGUCUCCCUUCUCCAGUUUGGACGGGCUUCAGCGGGCGUGUGCUGUAUGGAUUUGGGACACAGCUCUGCAUCUCUUUAAAAGGACGCUGCACUGUUUUCGUAUGACGACAGAAACAGAAAGAUUCUUUUUAUGCACGCUUUGGGAACUUUUUUUUCAGUUUUUAUCAAACAAGAGACUUAAAACACAUCCUGCAGAUGUUAUUUGUUUUGCCACAUCUUACUGAAGGGGAGGUUUUCUGAUCGUUUUCUUUGAAAUGCGUCUGAAUCGCUUUGUUCUCGUUUUUACCGACUGUCUCCUCUGGAGGCCUCAGGCUGCUGGAACGGUGACAUUUGGACGUGUUGUUGCACUUCGCCUAAAACUGCAUUGUGUCCUUUUGGAUUCUCAUUCGUAGGAAGAGGACAGAGUUCAGAUUAAGCCUUAAUGUGAUGUACUUUUCCUUUUCCUUAUGUGAUAAGUUUUUCCUUAAACCGGAUGAAAAUGUUGCUUUUCCGACUGCGGUUUUACCUGAACACUUUGCGUUGGAUGCAGUCUCCGAUUUGUCCCCGCUCACCUUCAGAGUUUACAUUUUUACAUUUUGUUCAGUUGUGCCACCUCCAAAUAUACUCCUAAACAAAACA